UCAAACGAGUUGCGUCCGCGCACGGUUUGUGUUGUGUGUGAAUAUGCAGUGAGUGAGGACAGCUCAGGCGAUAUGAGGCUGUCACUGCACAUCGCGGUGGUCCUGUUCGCGGUGUACCAAACCUGCAGAGCGGACCGACUAUACCGUGCUAUCCCAAGCAAUCCAAAUCAAAACUAUGCUGUCCUAGGUUCACCUAUAUCGGCGGAUUUAAAUGAGGAUGGAUACUUUUACCCUAAACCGAAAAUACCAUUCCCGCCGCCACCACCAGUAACUAGACCGCCACCACCACCACCAACAAGACCACCACCUCCGCCACCACCAUCAACAACUCGGCCACCACCUCCACCACCUCCACCUCCUACAAGGCCACCUCCACCACCACCAACUCGGCCACCUACUACGGAGAACGGAUAUGUCUAUGAAAAGCCUCGUAUACCUUUCCCACCUCCGCCAAAAUCAACACUACCACCGCCACCACCACCCCCACCUACAACUAGACCUCCACCCCCUCCUCCUCCACCAACUACUAGACCUCCUCCACCACCACCUCCUCCUACUACUAGACCUCCACCACCACCAACAACUAGACCACCCCCACCACCACCUACUAGACCUCCACCGUCAACAAGUGGAUACUAUUACAGCACUCCGAGAGUGCCAUUCCCUCCUUCAACAAGACCGCCACCGCCGCCUACUCCAAGAACAAGACCGCCUCCUCCACCAACUCAGCCACCUACUUAUUUACCACCUGUUACAACUAGACCUCCACCACCUCCUCCACCACCAACAACUAGACCACCACCACCUCCACCCCCACCAACGACAAAACCUCCACCGCCUCCUCCACCGCCAACAACCAGACGGCCACCAACAACUACGACUAGGGCACCAACAUACAGCACUAUAUUAGACAACUUCAGAACAACUGGCUAUGAAUAUCCAACUCCUAAAGUUCCGUUUACAUUUCCAACCAGACCCCCCCCACCUCCAACUACGCAGAAAACUAUAACAUAUUUGCCACCAACACGGCCCACAACAAGACCACCACCCCCACCCACUCGUCCAGCAACUUAUUUACCGCCGCCGACGACAAGAAGACCUCCGCCACCUACACAACCUCCAACAAGGCCACCACCUCCACCCACUCGUCCAGCAACUUAUUUACCGCCGCCGACGACGAGAAGACCUCCGCCUCCUACACAACCUCCAACGAGACCACCUCCACCACCAACACGUCCAGCAACUUAUUUACCACCACCUACUACAAGAAGAACUCCGCCACCUACACAACCUCCAACGAGACCACCUCCACCACCCACACGUCCAGCAACUUAUUUACCACCACCUACUACAAGAAGAACUCCGCCACCUACCCAACCUCCAACAACACGACCGCCGCCACCAACGCGUCCGUCAACAUACUUACCACCUCCAACCACGAGAAGGAUUCCUCCCACACGACCAACGACACGACCACCGCCACCCACAACUACUAGACCGCCAACAUACUCGACAAUAAUACCUGAAUUUAGAACUACUGGAUACGAUUACCCAACUCCAAAGAUACCGUUUACUGUACCAACGAGACCACCUACAAUUCGCACGCCACCUGUUUACAUUCCUCCAUCAACUACAAGAGCUCCUCCUGUGUAUUUACCACCUUCUACCACUCGAGCUCCACCUGUGUAUAUACCGCCUUCGACAACUCGAGCUCCACCAGUUUAUAUUCCACCUUCAACAACAAGGGCUCCUCCCGUGUAUAUACCGCCGUCUACAACUCGAGCUCCUCCAGUUUACAUACCUCCAUCAACUACACGAGCUCCCCCUGUAUAUUUACCACCUUCUACUACCCGAGCUCCUCCAGUUUACAUCCCACCCUCAACUACAAGGGCCCCUCCAGUUUAUAUACCCCCUUCGACUACAAGGGCUCCUCCAGUGUACAUACCGCCUUCUACUACGAGGGUUCCAUACACGACACGGCCGCCAUUCGUGCCCGACCAAGGAUACUUCUACGACAAACCUUCAGUACCUUUUGUGUUCUAACCUAGUGUAAAAAUGUUAUUAAGAUGCCAUAACUAUUAAAUAUUAUUAUUGUGAUACCAAACUGAGUGCUGAGCGCAACAUAUUGAUUGUUGUUGUUGUUUUCAUGUACGUUAAUGUUGAUGUAUUGAUUUGUUAAAUCUAAUACUAAAGUUAAAAGGGAUAUUGUUGCGAAAUUUAUUUAAACCAAUGUCGCACUCUUGCUUUGUAAAUGUA